AAGCCGAGCAACUUGCCCAAGUCCUUCUUCUUUUCCCAUUAACAAGAUAUGAUAUCACCAAGCCAAACGUCAUCAUUAAGUUGGAGCAGGGAGAGGAGCUGUGGAUAACGGGAGGUGAAUUUCCAUGUCAACAUAGUCCAGAUCGUGAAGAAGUCAUGCUACCCACGCUGGAAUGAGACGUUUGAAUUUGAGCUGCAGGAGGGGGCCAUGGAGGCGCUGUGCUUGGAGGCCUGGGACUGGGACCUUGUCAGCCGAAACGACUUCCUGGGCAAAGUGGUGAUCGAUGUCCAGAGACUGCGGGUGGCGCAGCAGGAGGAGGGCUGGUUCCGGCUGCAGCCCGACCAGUCCAAGAGCCGGCGGCAUGACGAGGGCAACCUGGGCUCCUUGCAGCUGGAGGUUCGGCUGCGGGACGAGACGGUGCUGCCCUCCAGCUACUACCAGCCACUGGUGCACCUGCUGUGCCACGAGGUCAAGCUGGGCAUGCAGGGCCCAGGGCAGCUGAUCCCACUCAUCAAGGAGACAACCAGCACCGAGUGUCGCCAGGACGUGGCCAUGAACCUGCUCAAGCUCUUCCUGGGGCAGGGGCUGGCCAAGGACUUCCUGGACCUGCUCUUCCAGCUGGAGCUGAGUCGCACCAGUGAGACCAACACCCUGUUCCGGAGCAACUCUCUGGCCUCAAAGUCCAUGGAGUCUUUUCUGAAGGUGACCGGGAUGCAGUACCUGCACGGCGUCCUGGUCCCCAUCAUCAACAAGGUGUUUGAGGAGAAGAAGUACGUGGAGCUGGACCCCAGCAAAGUGGAAGUUGAGGAUGUAGGGUGCUCCGGGCUGCACCGCCCGCAGACCGAGGCCGAGGUGCUGGAGCAGAGCGCGCAGAUGCUGCGCGCCCACCUGGGGGCCCUGCUGAGCGCGCUCAGCCGCUCGGUUCGCGCGUGCCCCGCCGUGGUGCGCGCCACCUUCCGCCAGCUCUUCGGGCGCGUGCGCGAGCGCUUCCCCGGCGCCCAGCACGAGAAUGUACCGUUCAUCGCCGUCACCAGCUUCCUGUGCCUGCGCUUCUUCUCUCCCGCCAUCAUGUCGCCCAAGCUCUUCCACCUGCGGGAGCGCCACGCGGACGCCCGCACCAGCCGCACCCCGCUCCUGUUGGCCAAGGCAGUCCAGAACGUGGGCAACAUGGACACGCCGGCUUCCAGGGCCAAGGAGGCUUGGAUGGAGCCGCUGCAGCCCACCGUGCGCCAGGGCGUGGCGCAGCUGAAGGACUUCAUCAUCAAGCUCGUGGACAUCGAGGAGAAGGACGAGCUGGACCUGCAGCGGACGCUGAGUUUGCAGGCGCCACCUGUGAAGGAGGGGCCACUCUUCAUCCACAGGACCAAGGGCAAGGGCCCCCUCAUGUCCUCCUCCUUCAAGAAGCUCUACUUCUCCCUCACUACCGAGGCCCUCAGCUUCGCGAAGACGCCCAGCUCCAAGAAAAGCGCCCUCAUCAAGUUAGCCAACAUCCGGGCAGCGGAAAAGGUUGAGGAAAAGAGCUUUGGCAGCUUGCACGUCAUGCAGGUCAUCUACACGGACGACGCCGGCAGACCCCAGACUGCCUACCUGCAGUGCAAGGACAGCCACAGUGUAGAAGACCCUGUGCCCCUUCUGGGGUGAGGAGUACCAAGUGCACCUGCCGCCCACCUUCCACGCUGUGGCUUUCUACGUCAUGGAUGAGGAUGCCCUCAGCCGGGACGACGUUAUCGGAAAGGUCUGCCUUACAAGGGACACCAUAGCCUCUCACCCUAAGGGUAAGU